AAAAAGAGUUUUGGGGACUGGGGGGCGGGGGGGCGAGGAGGGUUGGUUCUUCAUCAUUUUCUAAACGAGCUGGCAUUGCUGAGGUGUUGCAUUCAGGUACCUCCGGUUGGCUGGAUAUUUUAGGGUUCGUCUUCCCUCCAGAGUAGGAAAGCAUGGCCCAUAAAGUGCAGAAUCAGGGCGCCUGCAGCGUCCAAUUGGAGGAAACCAACGCGGCGGGCAUCAAGACUCAAAGGACCAACCUGUUCUCCUUCUCCACCCUGAAGAAGGUGGACAACACCGACACCCACCGCCUCACUCGGCUCCCACACCAGGCUGCUGCUGUCAAUCUGGAGUUCAGCGACCUGUCUUACAUCGUCCAGGAGGGGUCCUUAUGUCGGAAGACAGGUUUCAAAACGCUUCUGGAUAAUCUCUGCGGGCAGUUUAACAGCAAAGAGCUGACUGCCAUCAUGGGGCCCUCCGGAGCUGGAAAGUCCACCAUGAUGAACGUUCUGGCGGGCUACAGGAAGGCGGGUAUGAGGGGCAAAAUCCUGGUGAAUGGUCGACCGAGGGACUUGACAAAAUUCCAGAAGAUGUCUUGCUACAUCAUGCAGAGCGACGUCUUGAUGCCUCACCUCUCGACAAAGGAGGCCAUGAUGGUGGCUGCCAAUCUGAAACUCAAUGAAAGCAUGGCGGUCAAAAAGAUGAUUGUGACCGAAGUGCUGACCGCUUUAGGCCUGAUGGGCUGCGCUAAAACGCGUACCAACAAUCUCUCAGGGGGGCAGUCUAAAAGAUUGGCCAUUGGCCUCGAGCUGGUCAACAAUCCUCCCAUCAUGUUCUUUGAUGAGCCCAUCAGCGGUUUAGACAGUGCAACGUCCGUCCAAGUUAUCUCCCUCCUGAAGUGUCUGGCGAACGGAGGCCGGACGAUCAUCUGCACCAUUCAUCAGCCCAGCGGCAACCUCUUUCAGAUGUUUGACAAGCUGUACAUCCUCAGCCAAGGACAAUGCAUAUACAGGGGUACAGUCCCCCACCUCAUCCCUCACCUGGCCAACCUCAACCUCCACUGCCCAAAGUAUCACAACCCGGCAGAUUUCAUCAUCGAGGUGGCGACGGGAGCCCACGGGGACAUGCAGGCCGUGUUGUUUCAGGCCGCUCUGGGCAGCCAGUGCUGCGAGGAGAGCAAGAAGACGACGGGGGAAGGCGAGGAUUCUUCCGCCCCUGGGUACCCCUCUGAGCAGUCAGUCUUUGAGAUGCCAUACUUUGCCACCAGUACCAUUAAACAGUUCUACAUCCUCUUCAAAAGAAACUUGACGGCCAUAUGCAGAGACACGAUGCUGACCCACCUGAGAGUGGUCUCCCACAUCCUGAUCGGAAUCCUCAUCGGCCUGCUUUACCUCAAUAUUGGAAACGACGCGCUUAGCGCCUUCAACAACACAGGGUUCCUCUUCUUCUCCAUGCUGUUCCUCAUGUUCGCCGCUCUGAUGCCCACCGUUCUCACCUUUCCUCUGGAAAUGUCCGUUUUCGUCAGGGAGCACUUGAACUCUUGGUACAGCCUACAGGCCUACUAUUUGGCCAAAACAUUUGCAGACAUACCAUUCCAGAUGAUCUGUCCGAUGCUGUACUGCAGUAUUGCAUACUGGAUGACUGGCCAGCCUCCAUCCUCGAUUCGGUUCUUGCUCUUCGUCAGCUUGUCCACAAGCAUCGCCCUGGUCGCGCAAUCCCUGGGGCUGCUCAUCGGGGCGGCGUCCCCGUCACCGCAGGUCGCCACCUUCGUUGGGCCGAUCACGGCCAUACCGAUCAUCCUCUUCUCGGGAUUCUUUGUGAAUUUCAGCACCAUCCCUUAUUACCUGCAGUGGACAUCUUACGUCUCCUACGUCAGGUACGGCUUCGAGGGAGUGAUCCUCUCGAUCUACGGGAUGGACCGCGCUGACCUGGACUGCGAGAAAACGCCGUGCACCUUCCAGAACCCGAACCAAGUCCUCGUCAUGCUGGACGUGGAGGAUGCAAAGCUGUACGUGGAUUUUCUCGUCUUGGGAAUAUUCUUCAUCGUCAUCAGGGUGGCCACUUACCUCGUCCUGCUCUACAAAGUCAGCGUGGACCGUUGAGCUCGAGGAGAUCCUGUAAUAUGUUCUCUGGGAUGUUAAGACAAUCAUCGCUGGUCGAGCUUAAAUCCGGUUUGAAUAUCCCAUUGAAAUAAUUUGCUGUAUAUUUGGUGUAAUACUGUUGCGAUCAUUAAACUUUCGUUGACUGGUUA